UUAAGAAAAAUUGAUUUUGUUUGUCUAAAAAAACAUGAAUUUUUUAUCCAAAAAUCAAAAAUUUACUUCCCUAGUCAAAAAUUCACAAUCAAAAUAUCCUAAGUUUAUUAGGGAGAGUAGAAAUAAAAAGAUAAUUAAUUUAAAUUAAUGAGACCAAUUAAUUGGACUGAAUUUCUUUAAGAAUUAGGUGAAUCCAAGCAUAAAGAAUUAAAUGAGGAUCUUCUAAAGUAGAUUGUAAAGUUACCAAAAGAAAAAAUGUCAUUUUCUUAGUUAGAAAAUUACAUUAACAAUGAAUUUUAGGCGUAAAUAUCUUAUAUAAGAAAAAUACUAGAACAAAGUAAAAAGAUCGAAGCAAGUGGCAUUAAAAGGAUAAAUAUUUGCUGAUUUGGUGUGUUGCUAAAUUAGCAGAAUUAAAAAAUAUAAAAUUCAAUGAAUUGGUAUAUAUGAAGUUUAAGUUUGUACUUUAGCAUGAAUAAAAGGUCUUUGAAUAGUUGGCAAGUAUAUUAGAACUUCCUAAAUAAUUUCUUUUAGUAAAGUGGAUGAGUUUAUUAAAAUAAAAUUUAAGAGAAAUUCGAUGGACCAAGGAAGAAGAUGAAAUAUUGAUUGAAUUAAGAAAGUAAUUCAUAUUAAUAAAAAAGAAAAUAUCCAAAUAACGAUUGGACCAUAAUAGCCGAGGAAUUUGUUUAUAUUACAAAAAAUGUAAGGUAUUAGAAGUAGAUACGAGAAAGAUUUAACAACGUGAUUAACCCCCUAAUUAAUAAGUAAAUCUUAUUCUAUUUUAAAAGGGGACCAUUCACUCAUGAAGAAAAAUAAUAAAUCAUGCUUAAGGCUUACUAGAUGAAGAAGAAUUGGGCAGGUAUUUCAAAAUAAAUGCCUGGGCGCACUGAUAAUAAAAUUAAGAACUAAUAUAAUUCUAUAGUAAAAAAAAUUGCUAAGAAAAUACAUUACGUAUAUCUUAAAUAUAUCUUAGGAGAAAAUUGAUCUUAAAACAGAGUAAUAGAUCUUAGAAUAUAUAUAAAAAUACAAUACUUAUGAUCCUGAUGAAUUGGCUAGUCAGAUAGAAAAUGAUAACAGAAAUUCAAGUCCAAUCAAAGUUGAACAUCCUAAUGAUAAUUCCAAUACUUCUAACAGUCAGCUUAAUAUUCAACAUCAUGUUCCUAUUGUUUAAUCAGUUCCAUUCUUCUUUAGCAGUUAGUAUUAGAAUUAUUACUAAACUCGAUAUAUUGGAUACCCAAUUUAUAUAUUAAAACCAAAAACACCAAACAAUCCUUGAAUUGAU